UCUCCACAUCAUUAUCAUUAAAAAUCAGGAGCUGCAUUCUCUCCCUCUGGCCCAGUAGUCUGAGAGCUCCUCAGGGGCGGGGACUCCCCUUUUUCAUCCUGGUGUUUUCUGCUGGCAACGCCUGCCCCCAAGUAGGCGAGCGUGUAUGUGGGGCGGCGCGCGGAGGGCUGACAGAGAGCGGACAGCUUCCAACCGAGGGGACCGGAACCCGGAUGAGCGCCCCCCAGCGCCCCUGCACGCUCGCGGCCGGUGCACGCGCCCCCUCAGGACUCACGGUCCGCAGAGCCGCGCGCCCGGAGGCCCGCCCCCGUCUCCCCACAAAGACCGAGCUGGAGGAUCUUCAGAGCGAGCCUCCUCCGUACCUGCGGAACCUGUCCAGCGAUGAUGCCAAUGUUCUGGUGUGGCAUGCUCUCCUCCUACCUGACCAACCUCCUUACCACCUCAAGGCCUUCAAUGUGUGCAUCAGCUUCCCCCAGGAGUAUCCGUUUAAGCCUCCCACGAUCAAAUUCACAACCAAGAUCUACCACCCCAAUGUGGAUGAGAAUGGACAGGUUUGCCUGCCCAUCAUCAGCAACGAGAACUGGAAGCCUUGCACCAAGACUUGCCAAGUGCUGGAGGCCCUCAAUGUGCUGGUGAAUAGACCGAAUAUGGCAGAGCCUCUGCGGGUGGACCUUGCUGACCUGCUGACGCAGAAUCCAGAGCUGUUCAGGAAGAAUGCUGAAGAGUUUACCCUCCGAUUUGGAGUGGACCGGCCCUCCUAACCGUGUUCUGACCCUCUGUGUACUGGAGCCUCUGCGUGGUGGACGGACACACCUCAUAGACUGGGGCCGGAACCCCUGGAUGAUCCAUUGCCCCACUCAUUUUUCCCUUCUUAGGUUGUUAGUCAUUAGUUUGUGUGUGUGUGCGGUGGAUGGAGGGGAGCUGUGAGUGUAUGUGUUGUGUGUGGACUCACUCUCGGGUUCGCCUGGCCACACCCUUCCCACACCCUUUGCAUCCCCCAGAGCCAAGGGAGUUGAAGUUUGCAGAGUUACAGGCCAGUUCUCCACCUUAGAGAGACAGGUAACCCAGCAGGCCCGCUUGCAGGAAAUGAGCCCAGCCACCGACUCAGAUCCCCCUAGGGCUCAGGCACUGAGGGCCUGGGGACAGUGGCGAAUAUGGGUGGGAGGCACAUGGAAGGUACCCUAUUUACAACUGAGUCAGCCAAACCACUGAUGGGAAUGCAGAUGCAGGUGCUAAGCCUUUUAUUUUCCACGGAUGAGUCACAGUAGGAAGAAUCAAACCUCCAUCCUAAAAAUCUGUAUGUUUCGAAACCACUUGCUGUUGUGUUCGGUUGCCGGUUCCUGGGACCAGGCCUCAGACUGUGAAGUGUGUGUCCUCCAGCAUCCAGUCCAGGGGGAGCCACAGAAACCAUGUUCUUGCUUAAGCCAUUAAAGUCAGAGAUGAA